AUGUCAAAGAACAUCAGCGUGACGGGGAAUCCGGCGCGACUGGCUCGCCGAACUUCUCUACUCGGCGGGCUUCUGCUGGCGGCGCAUUGCGCACAAAGCCCAGCCAGAGCCUUCACCGCACCUACGAGGGCCCAAAGUCGGUCCUUCACUGGUCCCCGAGUAGGCUCGCGCCAAGUCGCACGUGCAGCCGAGCCUCCCGCUUCGCAGCUGGAGGAUGUUGUGGCCAACGCCCGCAGCUUGAUCUUCGCGGUAUACCCAAAGGGUCCUCAGGCUGCCUGGCGCAAUGUCCUCGCAGGUUUCGCAGUCGCUCUGGCGAUGAUCCCAGAGUCAGUGGCCUUUGCUUUCGUCGCCGGCGUGACGCCCAUCGUCGGCCUUUGGAGCGCAGUCGCCCUCGGUUUCUUCGCGGCCGCCUUCGGCGGCCGUGCAGGGGUCGCCUCUGGGGCUGCGGGUUCGACCGCUGUAGUGAUGGCGGCACUUUGUGCACAGCACGGAACUACAUACUUGAGUGCCGCGGUACUUCUCGCCGGUGGCCUGCAGAUUCUAGCAGGUGUCUUGCAAUGGGGGAAGUUCAUAAAGUUGGUGCCACAUCCAGUGAUGCUCGGAUUUGUUAAUGGUCUGGCGAUCGUCAUCGGCAAAGCGCAGCUGACCCACUUUCUGGACCCAGUCACUGGCUCUUUGAUGAUGGGUGCGCGAGGAGCCACAAUGUUUGGAUUGACAGCGCUGUCAAUGCUCCUGGUGAAGCUUCUGCCUCGUGUCACGACGGCCGUUCCCUCAUCGCUGCUGACCGUGGCCUUCGUGACCCUGCUCACCAAGGUUUGUCGACUGCCCGCCACGACGUUGAUGGACAUUGCUGGAGCGGAGACUUUUCGAGGAGGCCUUGCCAUGCUGCCACACGUGGGGCUGCCAGCAGUGCCAUGGUUGGCCAGUCCCUUGCAGACCUUCGGCCUGCUGCUACCAUAUGCGGCUACAAUGGCUGCAGUAGGUCUCGUGGAAUCAUUGCUGACCCUUCAGCUAGUCGAUGGGCUCAUGGAGGACGGCAAAAGAGGCGACACCUCCAAGGAGUGCAUCGGCCAGGGCCUGGGCAACAUCGCCAGUGGCCUCACUGGAGGUAUGGGCGGCUGUGCGAUGAUUGGCCAAACUCAGGUCAAUGUCCAAGCUGGUGCCACGUCACGGCUUGCAGGGAUUUCAAUGGCUUGCUUUCUGGGCGUCGGCAUUGUUGCGGCUGCACCAGUGCUUGGGCAGGUCCCAGUUGCUGCCUUGGUGGGCAUCAUGUUCGUGGUGUGCCAAUCGACAUUCGCUUGGUCAAGCCUCCGCAUAAUGAGAAAGGUGCCUCGAUCCGAUGCAGCGGUCAUCGUGUUGGUGUCACUGGUCACGGUGGUCAAAGACUUGGCCAUGGCCGUGGUAGCUGGAACCAUCCUCUCGGCUUUGGCUUUCUCCUGGCAGCAGAGUACCAACCUGAAGGCCGAAACGCAGGUCAAAGGUGACUGGAAGACUUAUCGACUCAGAGGCUUGCUCUUCUUCGGAUCGACUCAGCAGUUUUCAGACAUCUUCGCGGUGCAGGAGGAUCCCGAGGAUGUCAUCCUUGAUUUUGCCGAGUCGCGGGUCCUUGAUCACUCUGCGCUCGAGGCCAUAAAUUCCUUGGCCGCCUCCUAUGGCGAGCUGGGAAAGCGCCUGCAUCUUCGCCACUUGAGCUCGGACUGCGCUGGCCUCUUGGAGCGGCUCAAUGGAACAAUGCCUCCGUAUGAGAUCGUUGAGGCCGACCCAGAGACGGACCCGAUCUACGAAGUCGCAGAG